CACGUGAUUCUGUUUGUAGCGUUAGCGGCGUAGUUUGGAGCGCUUUACCAUAGAUUUCCAGAAUGGACACCGACUAUGAACAACCAAAAUCAUCAUAGGAAGCAAAGUUUUGCACKUCAUCAUCGAGGAUGUUACCCAGCCUGGCGCACAGACCAUGGCAARCCUUCUGCAGAGUGUCCCUGCAGCACAGAUCGUCCCUGUCCCAUCGGUCUGUCAGGCAGCUGUGUCACGGUUGCCAAAGUGGAGGCAUUCGCAGCUUUUGGUUCAGCCCUCCAGACGCCAGGGUUGCCUCCUUGGGUUUGGGUAAGGUCCAGUACUACUCUUCAUCCGACAACAAUAAAGAUGGUCCCCCAAAGUCAGCACCAGGCCGAGCUCCUUCAUCAGAAAAGGUGUCUGGUGCACCAAAAGUCACCCAAGGUAAAUCGCCUCAGGGAAUGACAAAAAUUGAGACAAUUCAAGUGAAAGUUCGAGCUGUCCUCAAGAAAAGAGAUUAUGGAGCCAAAUAUACUCAGAACAACUUUAUCACUGCUGUCAGAGCCAUGAAUGAAUUUUGUCUCAAACCAAGUGAUUUGGAGCAGCUCCGUAAGAUCAGAAGGCGCAGCCCCCACGACGACACGGAAGCUUUCACUGUGUUUUUGCGUUCCGACGUCGAGGCCAAAGCACUGGAUGUAUGGGGAAGCCAUGAAGCGCUGGCUCGAGAGAGGAAUCUCAGGAAAGAGGUGGAGCGAGAAUUUCAAGAGAAUAUUUUUCGGAAUCAGCAGCUGUUGAAAGAGUACAAAGACUUUUGGGGGAACACUAAGCCACGAUCAGGCAAGAGGACAACAUUUCUACAGGGUCCAGGGAAGGUGGUCAUGGUGGCCAUUUGCAUCAAUGGGUUGAAUUUCUUCUUCAAGCUUCUGGCUUGGGUCUACACUGGAUCAGCCAGCAUGUUCUCAGAAGCCAUCCACUCUCUGGCUGACACCUGCAACCAGGCCUUGCUGGCGCUGGGAAUCAGCCAGUCUGUCCGCAACCCGGACGCCAUUCACCCUUAUGGCUUUUCCAACAUGCGCUACAUCGCCUCUCUUAUCAGUGGAGUAGGGAUUUUUAUGAUGGGAGCAGGCCUCUCUUGGUAUCAUGGUAUUAUGGGAUUGUUGCAUCCGGAGCCCAUUGAGUCGUUAUUAUGGGCUUAUUGUAUUUUGGCGGGUUCUCUGGUGUCUGAAGGAGCCACCUUGCUAGUUGCCAUUAAUGAGAUCAAGAAGAGCGCACGCCGGCAGGGGAUAUCGUUUUAUGAGUAUGUGAUGCAGAGUCGAGACCCCAGCACGAACGUGGUCCUGCUGGAAGAUGCCGCUGCUGUGUUUGGAGUCAUUUUGGCUGCUGGCUGCAUGGGGCUCACCUCACUCACAGGUAACCCGUACUACGACAGUCUGGGUUCUCUUGGCGUCGGCACGCUGCUGGGCACCGUCUCAGCCUUCCUCAUCUACACCAACACGGARGCGCUGCUGGGACGCUCCAUACAGGCCGAGCGUGUCCAGAAGCUCACAGAGAUUCUGGAGAACGAUCCAGCCGUCAGAGCCAUCCAUGAUGUGAAGGCCACAGAUUUGGGGCUGAGUAAAGUUCGCUUCAAGGCUGAAGUUGACUUCGACGGCCGAGUGGUGACACGGUCGUAUCUGGAAAAACAAGACAUUGACCAAAUCCUAAACGAAAUCCAGCUGGUAAAAACACCUGAAGAGUUGGAGAACUUCAUGCUGAAACACGGGGAGAACAUCAUCGAUACGCUAGGAGCCGAAGUGGACCGCUUGGAGAGAGAACUCAAGCAACGUAACCCAGAGGUUCGUCAUGUAGACUUGGAGAUUCUCUAAGACCUGAAGGGUCCACCUCCGGCUGCUCCUCAAGGAACAUUAGAAGAAGAAAGGGUGGYCAAGCCCGCCUCUUACUCCGACCACCACAAACAGUCCAGAACAACUUGUCAAGUCUUACCGUAGACCAGUCUGGAAACGAAACUCCUGSCAGAGAUCCACUUUCACACUGACUGGUACUGGAAAAGUGUUGGAGCCUCAGAGUUCGCUUUUGUUCACAUUCCUCCAGUUGUGUUUCCCGUUUUGAAUGAGGUCAUCGCAGUUUGAAAAGCAGAACAGGACCAGGAUCAUUUACCAGACUUUGUACUUUACUUUAAUGCUACGCUUGAACCACAGUGAUGGUGUUUCCUUCAUCAGAGCAAAGGAAACCUGAACGCUACAUAUUUCAAACACGACUUAUUUAAUGUCCAGGCCACGUUAGAGGUUUUUAAAAGUAAAAACUUGAUGGCUCCGGGCCGCACCCGUUCUAAUAAAAAUAGUGGGAUUUUUAUUAGUAUUAUUCUGUUGCAGAAAAAAGCACAAGUUAAAUUGUGUUAUUAAAGCUUCUUAAUAGAUAUUAGAGGUGAGGAGUUAUCUGAUGUUGAAAAAAAACUUCAGUUUAUAUUUAAAGCAGAGUUUUACAAUACAUUGUUCUGUUAUUGUAAUAUUUUAUUAAAACAGUAAAAAAAUUGAUUGAUGAAUGACCAGAAUUAGCUAAAACAAUUACAUCAUUUUUUAUUUUCUUUAUGAAAGCCAUAAAGUUUGUGUUCAAAGUGUUUUGAGGUUUUCAGCAGAUAAAUAUAAUGCUAAAGUAAAAAGCCCAAGUAUAGGUUUUUUUUUGUUGUUUUUUCAAAACAAAACUCAUCAGACGAGCUGCAUAUUCUUCAGACUUCAUCGAACGCCUGACUCCAAUAACAGAUUUAACUCCAUCUUGAUGUUUUAGUGCUGAAUAUUUUGUGUAAAACCUGCAGAGCUGAGUUGUUUUGUGGAGUUGCAGCUGCAGUACAGAAACAUGGAUAUGUAUUUUUGAAGGUGUUCAUGUUUUACCUGAUGUAGCUAAUUUCUGCAGGACAUGGAAUAAAUUUGAAAUAAUUUAUUUAAA